AUGCCUGCUACAGAGAGAAUUACUGCAAAUGAAGAGGUCAGAAGGACACCCAAGGAGUGGGGAUACAAGAAAGUUGGCUACUAUGGCCAGGUCAUCUUUUAUCACCCUGUGAAGUGCCGGGAUGGCACAACCAAGCAUCCCAUCCUUGGUGGCCUUCCGAAAGACUGGGAACUCUGCAACGGAGAGGAUGGCUUUUUCUAUCGAAACACCAGAACUCAACAAAAGGUGCGGCAUAGGACAGUGCUGAAGGACGAUACGACCCCUUCUGCACCACCACCGGCGACAGCGCCGGCAGCGCCGAUAGCAAAACACUCCACACCACCGACUCCCCAGGAGCCAACACCACAGCCUGCUCCGAAGACACUAGCAGGUCCAGCCCCUUCUUCUAGGCCACCUGUACCUGAUACGCCAACAAAGACUCCAACACCACCACCUCCUCCGGGCUAUUUGCACGUUAAGUCAGGGCUUCAGAUUGAAAGAAAUAAGGUCCAGAACACGGCUCUCACUUUGAAGUAUCAGAGGGUCAAAACGCUAGAUGCUGGGGAUGGGCAGAUGGGAGGCAUGAACGGCGGAGUUUACGCCGUACGCAAUAAGGACAACGGCGUGCUGUGUGUUGAGAAAAACUUCAAAACCCACGACCGCGUGCUAGUCAAGCUGGCCUGGAAGGAGAUUUAUUUUACGAAAAAGGUGGUACAUAACACAAUAGUCCACUACCUUGAUGGUUUUAUCCAAGAUAACCCUUUCAAGGCAACACUAUACUUAGAGUUCUGUGACUGCGGCUCACUAGAGGACAUCAUGGUCAAUGCUAAAGCGAGGAAGAAGGCCCGGAAGAUGGACUGGGAUGACUUCAUCCCGGAGAGCUUCAUCUGGCACGCCUUCCGCUCGCUAGCAGACGCGCUGCAUUAUCUACAGACGGGCACGAGCGGGCUGUCCCGGGACCUCGAAACCAACGAUACGAGCACUUGGAAGCCGAUCGUGCACAGGGACAUCAAGCCGGCCAACGUGAUGCUGCGAUCACGCCUGACGCCCGGCUCGACGCGGCCGCUGCACGUGCUACUGACGGACCUGGGCAUGAGCGAUUACGCGACCGAGACGGCCAAGGGCCCGCCGUGGGACGCCUUCGGCACGCCCGAGUACCACGCGCCGGAGCUGUGCUUCGACCCGGCGCCAGACAGGAAGCGCUCGGGGGUCAUGGCGGCGCCGUUCACGCCCAAGGCCGAUGUGUGGGCCGUCGCGGCCAUAAUACAUGCGCUGUGCGAGCGAGACUUCCUAGCACACAUGGACCGCCGGUGCCAGCCGGUGCGGUCGCUGCGCUGGCUGGGCCGGCGGGCCAAGAAACCCGUGCUGACGCUCAACGACCAGCAGAUUUACUCCGACCGUCUCGAGCACUGUAUCCUACUGGCGGGCAACCCGGACCCGAGAGAAAGGCUGGAUGCGGUCCAGCUGAUUCCGCACCUGGAGGAGCAGCACGGUGAAUGGUGUGCCGAUGACCGCUGGGCUGAACAGGUUGCCGUCGCCGGGAAGCUUCCGGACUGGUCUUACAAAAAGAGCGACUUGUCUUGA